AUCUCAUAAACCCAAAAGCAUAGAAAUCCUGGUGAAAUAAUUUGAAAACCCACCGCCUCUUUCUGUCCCUUCUCUCCGCAAAAUUCCACACCCACACCCAAAGGCCACAAUCUCCUUAAUAUGCGUAUCCACGUUUCUGUUUUCCUCACCUUAGAACGGCGAUGAUGCUGGAACAGAUCAGUAGAGAUGAAGAUAGUGAGGUUGUGGUAGUCGGCGAAGACGUUGUGGGUAUUUUCUGGUGGUUGAGCAGCGGCAACAACGUCUCUGUUAAGGAUUUGUGUCGAUUAAGGUUCCAUUUGGGCUUCACGUCUCUGUUAAGGCUUUGUGUCGAUUCGAGCUUCGCAGAUUUCGAUAACAAGGAUAAUAGAGAAGGAAGCAUAUGCUGGACUAGUUUGCGUGUGCAAUCAGUAGAAAAAGAGCAAGUUCAAGGUGAGACGUUUAUCAAGUACAACCAACAGUCGAAAGCAAUUAAGAGAGAACUCAUUCAAUUUGGAGCUCCUAUUUUUGGUCAAGUAAAAGAUGAUGCUAUAAUUAAAUCCCAAGAUGGCCAAAUCGAGCCGAUCCCAGCUCCUCUUGAAGAUGUCAUUGACCAUGUGAUUCACUUUCAUCUGAUUUCUGAAAACAAAAGACCAAACAGCUGCGUCAUAAGCUUUUUUGAUGAGGAGUUUUCACAGCCUUUCCUGAAACCACCUCAUCUGGAACAACCAAUCUCCACUCUGCUUCUUUCUGAAUCAACAAUGGCGUUUGGGCGCACUUUAGUAUGCGAUAAUGAUGGAAACUACAAAGGACCACUCAUGCUUUCCCUACACAAAGGAUCACUUUUAGUGAUGAGAGGAAACAACACCGACAUGGCACGCCACGUCACUUGUCAAUCUCCAACUAGAAGAAUCAGUGUCACAUUCUUUAAAGUCCGGAUGGACGACACCGGUGAAAACAAAGUCAUGACAGUCUGGCAACCGAAUGUACCCGCACCAAAUGGAACAGUUAAACUUAGUUAUCAAUGAGCUCGUUAAGGAAAAAGAUGAAGAAAAAGAAAGGUUCAAUGGAAUUAUUGCGGGGUUGUUGGCUGAAAAAGAAAAAGAUAAGGUGGAUAAAGAUGCGUUGCUUGAUAGGAUUUCACAAAUUGAAGAUAUGUUAACAGCUACAGUUCGAAGAUAGGCUAUAAACACUUGUUUUGAAUGUUUAGAUGUUUAUCUUAUUAGGAUAAUUUUAGUUAGUUUAUAUUUUAGUUGGUAUUUUUUAUAUGCUGUUGAAAACAAGAUGUUUUAUAUAAUUUUUGGAUUUUAUUAGACUUUUUUUUAUAUCA